ACCUCCAACUACCCCCCCCCUCCCUUGUGUCUCAACCCACUCCAACCAUGUCUUUCGAUCGCUUGAACUCGUUAGAGGCGCAGCCUACAAAUACGCGCCGGUCCGAUGACCCCCAGUACCGCGAUGAUCCCGAAUUCCACCGUUUGACCGAGGGUCUCUCCAACCGCCUGUUCACCCUGACCUCCAACAUCACCCGCUUGUCGGAUCAGAUUGCGCUCCUGGGAACACGGCGAGACACGGAGCGUGUGCGCGAACGAGUCCACACUCUCCUCGAACAGACCCGCUUGGGAUUCAAAGAUGUCGGCGAGGGAAUCAAGAAAGUGCAGACUUGGGAAGAUGUGAAUCCUUCCCAAAAGUGGACGCAGCAGAAGCUGUCUUCUGAGUUCAAAGCCACCCUCGAGGAGUUCCAGACCGUCCAACGUCGUGCCCUAGAGAAGCAACGAGCAUCCGCUGUGGCGGCGCGGACUGCCGCGGACGAGGCCGAGCCCACGUCCGAAGAGGGCCACCAGCUGCAACAGCAGGAACAACUACUGGAGGAGCAGCCCCGGCUUGCGAACCAAGAUGAGGUGGACUUCCAGGAGUCUCUUAUCAUCGAGCGCGAGGCGGAAAUCCGCAACAUCGAGCAGAGCGUUGGCGAACUGAACGAGCUGUUUCGGGACGUGGCUCACAUUGUCCACGAGCAAGGUGGGCAGCUCGACAUCAUCAGCGAGAAUGUCGAGCGGGUUGGCGAUGACACUCGAGGAGCAAAUGUGGAACUCCGCAGUGCAAGCAGGUACCAGAAGAACGCUCGGAACAAGGCUUGCUGCUUGCUUGUUAUGUUGGCCGUUAUCCUCCUGAUCAUUGUUCUCGCGGCGGUCUUGGGAUAAAGCCGAUCGUCUGUUUCCGUCUUCCUUUCGCGCUGCUGCUACAAUGAUCUAUAUCGUUCAGCAUGACCGUCCCCUCUUUUGAUGAUAUCCUCUCGAUGUACCUUUAUGCGCAUGCUUCGUGCUUUUCAACUACUACAGGCGGCUUGUUGUCUUCUGCCAUACCUCUCUUCAUGGAUUCGCAGGCGCAUAUGGAGCAGAGGAUGUGCUAUUUACAUUUGUCCUUCUAUCGUUCUAUGCCCUAUAUCAUACAUAGCUUGUUAUACAUGAACUGUACACUGCGUUGAUUACCCAAGACCGUACCCAAACUCCUUUUUUCGCCUCUAUACAUGCACCGCAAGAAUGAGAUUGGGGCUCUUACAGCCCCAUGAAGCGGCCGAAUCUCA